GUUGUUCUUCUUCUACCAGUCUUCCAAUUCCUCAACUGUCAUUCUUCAUCCCAAUUUCAAACCAAACAAAUUCGUAAAAAUUAGGAAGAGAAUCCGGUUUGUUUGUUCGUUUCUAUUGACACUCGUAGAAAGCUAAAUGCGCGGUGUUUUUGAAGUUUUUCAGCAUCAUCAUCUCAAGAUCAAACCUCACGCAAAAGGUGGAGGAUGAAUUUCCGGUAUUGAAAUUGGAAUCGAGAUUGCUAAGAGGUAUUCUAGAUGGCGGAUUUGAAGGAGAAUCCCACGAUUGUAGGGGGAAGUGGAGUGGAAGAAACAUCGCCUGAUUUGCUGAAAAACACGCCAUCGAACAUAGCAAGAUUGGAGGAUGUAAUAGAGCACUGCAAGGGUCGUCAGAAGUAUCUUGCUCAGACUAGGAGUCCUUCUGAUGGGGGUGAUGUUCGCUGGUACUAUUACAAGGCCCCCUUGGCUGAAAAUGAGCUAGCUGCCUCAGUUCCUCGCACUGAGAUAGUGGGAAAGGGCGACUAUUUUCGUUUUGGAAUGAGGGAUUCUCUUGCAAUAGAGGCAUCUUUCUUGCAGAGAGAAGAAGAGCUACUUUCUAGUUGGUGGAGAGAAUAUGCAGAAUGCAGUGAAGGUCCAAGAGAGCAAGCUAGUUCCAAAAAACAGUUGGUUAAACUAAUAGAUCAAUAUUCUCCAGAGGUUUCUUCAUCAGCCAAACUGUAUGAAGUUGAAGAAGAGAGAGUUGGUGCUCCCGUGAAGGGAGGACUCUAUGAGGUAGAUUUGGUUAAAAGACACUGUUUCCCUGUUUAUUGGAAUGGAGAAAAUCGGCGUGUUCUAAGAGGUCAUUGGUUUGCUCGUAAAGGGGGUCUUGAUUGGCUCCCACUUCGUGAAGAUGUGUCUGAACGGUUAGAGAUAGCAUAUCGUAGCCAGGUCUGGCAUAGGAGAACAUUUCAACCAUCUGGACUUUUUGCUGCUCGAGUUGAUUUGCAAGGCUCCACUCCUGGACUUCAUGCACUUUUUACAGGAGAAGAUGAUACUUGGGAGGCUUGGCUUAAUGUUGAUGCUUCUGGUUUUUCUAGUGUAAUUAGUUUUGGUGGAAAUGGAAUUAAGUUAAGGCGUGGCUACUCUGCAUCUCAUUCCCCCAAACCAACUCAGGAUGAAUUACGUCAGCGAAAGGAGGAAGAAAUGGAUGAUUAUUGCUCUCAGGUUCCUGUUCGUCACCUAGUCUUUAUGAUCCAUGGUAUUGGUCAAAGGUUGGAGAAAUCUAAUUUGGUGGAUGAUGUUGGUAACUUCCGCCAUAUAACAGCUACCCUAGCUGAACAACACCUUACUUCACAUCAACAUGGCACUCAAAGAGUCCUUUUCAUCCCAUGCCAGUGGCGAAAGGGUUUGAAGCUCAGUGGUGAAUCUGCUGUUGACAACAUCACAGUAGAUGGUGUGAAGGGUUUGCGUGUGAUGCUUAGUGCUACUGUUCAUGAUGUAUUAUACUACAUGAGCCCCAUUUAUUGCCAGGAUAUAAUUGACUCGGUUUCAAACCAAUUAAAUCGGUUAUAUUUAAAGUUUCUCAAACGGAAUCCUGGUUACGAUGGAAAGGUUUCCAUAUAUGGACAUUCUUUGGGAAGUGUCCUCUCCUAUGACAUCCUCUGUCACCAAGAGAAUCUCUCCUCACCAUUUCCGAUGGAUUCGGUGUACAAGGAGCAUUCUAGAAAUGUUGAAUGUUUUCCAGAAAUUAAUAAUAAUAACCAAUCCACGAAGUGUGACAUUCCAAAUAGUCUGGGUAUGAAUGAAAAACAAGGUAUGGUGGGCUAUGUUGAGGAAGAGUCAGUGGUUGCAAAAUCAAAUGUGUUUAUGCAUGAGGAGAGACAUGAUGAAGAUUUUUCUGCAAAUGGGAGUCCUGUCAUGUCAGAUAUAGACUCAAUUACUACAAUGAAUGGGAGUAAGGAUCCUGUGCAAACAAGUGGUGAGGAAGAUGCUCAUCAACUAGUUGGUGAUUUUGGUCACAUCCCUCCCCAAGAAGAGGGUGGGUUUGAUGAAUCUACAAAUGUGAACUGUUCUGCUUUGGCAAGUGGUAUGGAGAAAAUGGUUGAGGAGGAACACAAUGGUUCUAGCAUUAAGGAGGAAUCAAUCAAAUUGCUUAGGGAAGAGGUUGAUUCCCUAAAAGCAAAAAUAGUGGAACUGGAAUCACAAUGCAAAUAUGGAGAUACAGGUGAAAAUAAGGAUGUCAUUGCAACCACACUGCAGAAACUUGCAUCUCAGAAGAACGAGUGCAAGUUGCCACUGGAGCUGGAUCACACGCCAAAAAGUUAUACUCCUUAUAUCAGAUACACAAAACUUGAAUUCAAGGUUGAUACAUUCUUUGCAGUCGGAUCACCUCUUGGAGUCUUUCUUGCCCUUCGGAAUAUUCGUCUUGGAAUUGGAAAAGGGCAAGAAUAUUGGGGUGAGGAAAAUAUUAAUGAAGAGAUGCCAGCUUGUCAUCAGAUGUUCAAUAUUUUUCAUCCUUUUGACCCUGUAGCAUACAGGGUAGAACCCCUUGUUUGUAAAGAACACAUUGAAAAACGCCCUGUAAUCAUUCCUUACCACAAAGGUGGAAGGAGGUUGCACAUUGGAUUUCAGGAAUUCUCUGAAGAUUUAGCUGCCCGUUCUCAAGUGAUACGUGAUCAUUUCAACUCCUUAAGGAAUAAAGUUCUCACAGCUUGCCAGUCUAGAAAUGCAGACGAUGUAGAAGAUGGAGCAGAGAAUUUAGGAGAAAAGGAAGAGAGAUCCUAUGGAUCUUUCAUGAUGAAAAGAUUAACUGGAAGUGAAGAAGGGCGGAUUGAUCAUAUGCUUCAGGAUAAAACAUUUGAACAUCCAUAUCUACAAGCCAUUGGAGCACAUACGAAUUAUUGGAGAGAUUGUGAUACUGCUCUGUUCAUUCUGAAACACCUGUAUCGAGACAUACCUGAAGAUCCCAACUCAGUGGUUGAAUCCACUAGAGGCAGCUCAAAAGAUAAGAACGUGUCUGCAAUCUGGUCUGACCAAAGGGAGACUCCCAAUGAAGAGCUUCCGUUGACAUUGUCGGACAGGAAUAUGAUUAGAAACUUGUCAGAGAAAGCUAAGAAAUUCUGGAAGAAGCCUUGAACGGCAUCUCAUUUCCCGGUAUCUGUAGACAUUAUCCAUAGGAGCCGCAUUUGGGGAUGUUUUAUUCUAGCGUCUAAGAAAGCUAAAGUGCAUGAACCAUAGGAAUGAAUGGAAAGAAGUGUAUACUGUGAGAAUACUUGAAUUGUGUGAAGGAUGUUAAAUCGUUGAUAGAAGUCAGUAACUGAGUAGCAGUUCCACACUCAGUAGAUGUUCUUUCUUUGUAUUUCCCUCUGUAUACACCUUAGAAACUUGGUGAGAAAUAUAGGUGGUUUGUAACAUAACCUCAAUGAUUUUGGAAAUUGUAUAGAAAAAGGUUACUGAUUUUAUUUGUUGUGCAUUCUUUUAUUUUUUUUGUGUGUAAAAUUGGAUUCAGUUGCUCCAAAUUAAGAAACAAGGGAUCAAUUU